GGAAGAAACUUGUGGAGGGGGAGUGCUUUCUUUUUAAGGAAAAUUCUUGAGGAGAAACCUAUUCAACAUUCGUUUGUAGGAGUUCUCCUUUAAGACAAAGGACUCAUCAGGGCAACCGCACAUCCUGAUGUAUUCUUUGACAAUAGAAUUGAAUAAAUGGAAAGUUUUUUUGAGAUACAAGCUGAAGGGUCCCAUCUGAAAUUAAUAUUUAUUCUGCCUGUCUGCGUCUCUCCCCUCAUAUCCCCCUGCCUUUUAUGCUUUUGAUUUCCCCCUAGGCCUCAUUCUUUUAAGCACUGCUGACGGUUGCUGAAGUUGACCACUCGCCUCUUCCAGGGAUGAGUUCUUUUCAAAAUAAUAACAGCCUUAAAUACCGGUGCGUUUCUUUCUACAUGUGCCCCAUUCAGCCUGGAGUCGGCAGCUGCUUUUUAAAUUUCUUGAGGUCUGAAGAAUAAACUGAUCGACGCAGCAUAAAGCAGAGGCAAUAAUGUUCACUGAAAAUGGCAGCAGCAUUUAAAUCCGUGCAUGGGUGGAAAGAAAAUCAGGAAAACAGUGACUUGUAUCAGGAAGACAUGUAUGCAGCUGCUUCACUACUCGGCGGAGAAUCGAGCUUCAGAGGGAUCAGUUUUUGUGUUGCUUUCGCUACGAGGUUGGCUUAUCCAAGGAUUUACACUGGAAUCUUGAAAGACUACAACAGGACAACAUCUCCGGAGUAAAACAAAAAAAACAGAAAAGGCUGGAAUCACAGCAGAGUGUAAGAUUGCCUGCCUAUAAUAUGGUGUCCUGAUGUGUUCCAAGCAACGUAUCGUGGAGGUACAGUGCUAUAACAGUUGCUUGCUGAAAUGGUAUUUUCCCAGACAUUAACCUCUCUGUUGUUGGAAGAAGAUUUGAGAAUGUCUAAGUUAAAGACGUGCAGCACAUCAAGGUUACUACAACCGGAAUAUUUCUGAGAGCCUUUAAGCCAUGGAUAGAUGUAAGCAUGUGGGGCGAUUGCGACUCGCCCAGAAUCACUCCAUACUGAAUCCCCAGAAGUGGCAUUGUGUUGACUGCAACACCACUGAGUCUGUUUGGGCCUGUCUUAAAUGCUCCAAUGUGGCUUGUGGCCGCUACAUUGAAGAGCAUGCACUCAAACACUUUCAGGAAACUAGGCAUCCUUUGGCCAUGGAGGUCAAUGAACUCUAUGUCUUUUGUUAUCUCUGCGACGACUACGUGUUGAAUGACAAUGCCACGGGGGACUUAAAACUGUUGAGAAGCACUUUAAGUGCAAUAAAGAACCAAAAGUACAGUCCGACGGCACACAAUGGCAGGGCAUUGCGGUCAUUGGCUUGCGGGGAAUCUCCUUGUUCGUUCCAGAAGGGCAAGAAAGGGCAGACUCACAGCACGGAGCAGAUGUUCACUGCUCUUUGGCACAGGAGGCAGUCUUUACUAACUAAGGCAAUGCGCACUUGGUUUGAACAGACAACCAGUGGUAAGCGGAGAUUGGAAGAAAAGCGGCUGCAGGAGGAAUUGGAGAGAAGAAAGGAGGAAGCGAGAAAGCGCAGACAGGAGCUGAAACGCAAGUUCAUGGAAGAGCUUGUCAACACUCCUCCCAGGAAAAGUGCAAGAAUUUUAUUUCAAAUCCAGAAGGAGGAACAUAUCUCAAGAAAGUGCAAAAAACCAACUGUAAAAAAGGUGCUACAAACUGCCCCUACCUCAAAACGACAAAGGAACAAAAUGAAGCGCUAUUAUGCUGCCAGGCGUAAACCGGUGGUGACUCCUGGUGUUACGGGUCUAAGAAACCUCGGUAAUACCUGCUACAUGAACUCCAUCCUGCAAGUGCUGAGCCACUUGCAGAAGUUCAGAGAAUGUUUCUUAACCCUCGAUCUCUGUGAGACUGAAGAGUUAUUGGCGAGGACCACAAAUGGGAAAACGAGGUUGUCUAAUAAGGUCACUCUGGGGAUUGGUCCUGCUCAUUGCAUAGCAGAAAGGAAUGAUCAUGUGGGAACUUCAGGGAGAUACAGUAUGCCAGCUGGUUUGAAUGGAGGUGCCUCAGUGGCCAGGAGCCUGGAACUUAUUCAACCCAAGGAGCCUAGCUCGAAGCACAUCUCUCUUUGCCAUGAACUUCACACGCUCUUUCGAGUAAUGUGGUCUGGGAAAUGGGCUUUGGUAUCCCCGUUUGCUAUGUUGCACUCUGUCUGGAGCCUGAUUCCAGCAUUCAGGGGGUAUGGUCAGCAAGACGCUCAGGAAUUUCUCUGUGAAUUAUUGGACAAAGUGCAGCAGGAGCUGGAAUCAGAAGGCACGAAGCACAGGAUUCUCAUUCCUUUCUCUCAGAGGAAACUCACCAAGCAGGUUCUCAAGGUGGUGAACACCAUCUUUCAUGGGCAGCUGCUCAGUCAGGUCACGUGCCUGACGUGCAACUACAAAUCCAACACAAUUGAAACCAUUUUGGGAUCUUUCAUGGAAUUUCCAGAGCGAUAUCAUUGUCUCAGAAGUGCUACCCAGCAUAAAGAAUGCACCCUGACAGAAAUGCUGGCAAAGUUUACAGAAACCGAGGCUUUGGAGGGGAGGAUUUACGCCUGCGACCAGUUGUAACAGCAAACGACGAAAAUCCUCCCGAAGCCUCUUGUCCUGACAGAAGCUCAAAAACAGCUAAUGAUAUAUAGACUACCUCAGGUCCUCCGUUUGCACCUUAAACGAUUCAGGUGGUCCGGCCGCAACCAUCGUGAAAAGAUAGGGGUGCACGUCAGCUUCGACCAGGUAUUAAACAUGGAGCCUUACUGCUGCAGGGACUCUUCCUCCACUCUUGGCAAAGAAAGCUUCAUCUAUGACCUCUCAGCUGUGGUGAUGCAUCACGGGAAAGGAUUUGGCUCAGGACAUUACACUGCAUACUGCUACAACACCGAGGGAGAAUUUUGGGUCCACUGUAAUGACUCCAAGCUAAAUGUGUGCAGUGUGGAGGAAGUUUGCAAGACCCAGGCCUAUAUUCUCUUUUACACUCAAAGAACCGUGCAGAGCAAUGUGGAGUUUGUCACAGAGAUGCAUUCUGAACCUCAGGUGCCAACCAGAAAUACAGAAAAGAACAGGAGACUGACCUUCCCAUAGGACAGGGAAUAUAAACCGUUACUGGAAUCCGCUGAAUCCACCCAGCAACAUCCAGUGAGCUUCACGUUGGGGCUGAUUAAGCACUGUUGUGUUCUCAUGUGGGCAACAGAAAAUGCCCUGGGGCUCGUUUACCGAAGCAUAUAUAGCUUUCCUAUGCAUAUUAUGGUAGGGUUUAAUUCCGUACUUGUCAAUUAAAAAUGGUUUGUUCAAAAUGUCCGCCUGUCCCAGGGCAGGUGAUUGUGGCCGUCUGCUGUAUCAACAGUCUUGCCGUCAGGUCUCUCCAGGUAUUAAUUCCAUUGUAGUACGUUCUGUCUCGUCAUUCAUGUUCUUGGCUGGUCUUUCAGUGUCACCAUUUCCAGUUGUCAUCUUCAUCCUUUACCUCCCAGAAGGUGCCUUUGUUUGCCACUUGGUUUACUCAAUGACACAGAUACACAGGUUUGACCAUUUUCCUUAUGUAAAAGACUCUCCCCAUGGCGUUAUACCAAGCUAGCCUUCAACCGAUCACUAACUCUGCAUUCACCUAAUGACCCAGGGCUGUCUUGCUCUCACACUGAAUGUUCACUGAUUAGUUCUGGCUCCAUCGUACCCGUUAUAACUUGCUGCCAAAGUCGCAGAACAACAAAGAAACCAUGAUAGAAAUCCUCACCCUUUUGAUACAAAUCCUUGCCCUUUUGCUCCUGGUGUAUGAUUUUAUGCUUUCAGUAAAAGGACUCAUGUUGUGAAGAAUUACUGUCACAGCACCAGUCUCCUCGCUGGGGGUAUUGACAGCUGCUCCAUGCAACCCACGGGGAAGGUCCCCUCUUAUGGUAAAGUACAACUUCAGCUGUGCUUCUGACAGAUUCAAAACACACAAACGUUGGGAGCAAACGUGAACAAAGUGAUUUCGCGCACUUCUGCGCUAAUGGUUCCUUAAGGAGGCUGCUGGAUUUUGUACGAGAAUAGGAAUCGUUAGUAUUAUGGAAAAAAGAACUCUGCCGCACAGGCAGUGUAUUUGUAGCUGAUCAUGCAGCUUUGAAAAUGUAAAUUAAGACUUUUUGAAAUAAAUGUGGGAGAUUAAAUAAUUUUUAUUCAAUAUGAUCUUGUGUGUGAGUAUUGUAGAAUACUGGUUUUGCUUCUGAAAAUUGUGAGACCUCUGUGUUCACUAUAUUUUGGUUUACUUUAAGGAUUUUGUAAAAUGCAGAGGAUGUCAUUCAGAACAAAACAGAAAAUGCAACGUUCUACUGCCCUAUUCACCUUUCAAGUAAAAGGUUUGAAUGUCCACUGAGCUUUCAGAGAAGUGUAGUCCAAAGGCUGGUGUCCCAGAAUGGGUUGAGCAGCAAGGGCUAGGGUUGCUGUGUUUGUUAGUGGGUUAACUAACGUUUGUCAGUGCGAUGGUAACAGUGUCCCAGGACUAGGUGGGCAGCAGUCACUGAUCCGCGAGUCGUGCGGGCACUGUGUGCGGUGCUGCUGGUCAGAUCCAGGUGAAGUGGGAUGCUCAGGAGUUCAGCUGGCUCAACAGGAGUGCAGUGUAUUAGGCAUCAGAGAAGGGAAAUGAACGUGUGUUAAUAGCUGUCUCAACUUUGAAGUAAUAAGCCAGAUCGGAAAGCCGACAGCUGCGCAUGGAUUUUGGUACUGGGCUAGUGUAGCAUUAACAAAUUACUUUUAAUUUCUUGUCUAUUUGUAUCUUAUGACAGCUAAUUUAAGCAUAGCUUCAUCAGGGUUUUAAAUGUUAUUGAAUUUGUUGUUUUUAGCGGUUUUAAAGCAUUCAAAAUCUGGCUCUCAACCUAUGUUCUUACUGAGCUUCUGUUCUGAAACCACUCACUAUUUGAGGCUGGACACCACACAGUGUCCAUGAAAUAGUUUUCACACAACAUACUUUUCCUGUUCUCCAUCUGGCAAGAGACAUCAGAUAUAGAGAAGGCAGUUCUGUGCUUGUGGAGACUGACGUUUAAUUUCAUUUCCCACUUUUAUUUCCAUAUCACCUCCUGCAUGUUUAUUAUUUUAGGAACUAUUGCAAAAUAUCUUAAUUACCCCUUCCCCUUCACGCUUUCCAUUGUAAAACUACUUGAGCUUUUUCUUUGUCCUCAGUAUCUACUUCCAGUUCACACAGCCGGUUUGAGGUAGCUUAUUGCUGCCUUUUGCUCUGCUUAUUACAAGGUGAUUCAGGCUGUGCUGGCUGAUGGACUAUUGCAUGCUUGUUCUGUGGCUAACUACUGCAGCUCUAAGGCAUUAUAUGCUUUAUUCACCUUCCGUACCUUGCCUUGCACUCUUGCAGCAACUGCAGACCCUCGACACAAAACAAUGCCAGUAUGUUGUCUGUAUGCAAACUAUGCCAGCCUUUUGCAUUCUGUUGGUAAUAUCAGAAAGGCACAAUUUGAACCAUAUCGUAGCAAUAAACUAAUUAUACCACUAGUGAUAUCCGUCACGUAAACUCAGUAAAGUUAAAUGUUUUAAUUGUGAUGCAGAAACGCUGGUGUUGGAUCCAGGAGGGUUACUGGUUGUCCAAAUCCGAGCCUAAGAACUUCCACACUCUACUCAGCUGUGAGCUUGUGCUGAAAGCUAGUUUUAACACAUCAAUGCAAAGUCAAUGAGAGAAGGGCUAGUCCCUGUGUUUGCGACCCAUUUGUUCGUUGCAACUUUGUACAAUCCCACAUAGAUGCACAAGAGCUAUAUGGGUUUCUGUAAACGAGUCCUGAUCACGCACACCAGGUACAGCUCUUGUUUGGUUGAAGGUUUUAUCUCUGUUUAUCCCAUCAGAUUUUCAGAAAUUGCACGACCAGUUUUGUGUUUUUUGACUCCAAUUUCCUCUGCAGUAGUUCUAAAGAGGAAACCAGUCCUUAUUCCGAUGGCAGCACUGUCAUGAGAUGUUAUUUUAUCCAGCUGGCACUGAGUUUUACAUGGAGCUUAACUCUGGGCAAAACCAUUUAUGCAAACUAGGUGCUAAAGAUUCAAUCAAUCCAAAGCUUAUCAUUGCCUCCAUCCACACAGAAACAAAUAUGUAAAACUAACACUCUUUUUACACCCUCAUAUUGUCAUUUACUUUAAAUCCAGUUUGCCCGUUGGUAGCAGUGAACAGGAGGACACCAGAGACUGCAGAUGCUGGAAUCUGGAGCAACACACAAUCUGCUGGAGGGACUCAGCGGG